UCACUGUAUUAUAUACUUAGAAAAAAUUGGCUUCAUCCCAAUUCCCAUCUCCAUCUUCUCUUCUCUUCAUCUCUCUCAAUUACUUGAACGGAAAGCAAAGCAAUUACAGGUGUGAUGAGUACUCUAAUUCUGCUGUUCUCAUCGGCUCUGCUGCUGGCAUGCUUGACAGCAGCAGCAGGUGAGAGCAGCGGCGAGGAGCAAAUCGCAGCGCUGUCGCGUUUUUACAGUGAGAAGCUGAAGAACAGCACAGGCAUGGACAGAAGCCAUUUCAAUGGGAGUCGUCAUCAUGUUUUCCAUGGAGCAAAAGUUCAUGCGCAAGUAGGGUCGAAGGAGAGUGACAGGAUUGAGAGGCUGCCGGGACAGCCUCCGGUGAAGUUCAAGCAGUACGGUGGGUACGUGACGGUGGAUCGGAAGGCCGGCCGAGCUUUCUAUUAUUACUUUGUGGAGGCUCAGCGCUCUCACAAAUCAUUGCCUCUUCUUCUAUGGCUCAAUGGAGGGCCUGGUUGUUCUUCCCUUGCUUAUGGAGCAAUGCAGGAGCUCGGACCGUUCCGGGUUCAUAGCGAUGGCAAAACACUCUACAAGAACAGAUUCGCGUGGAACUAUGCGGCAAACGUCUUGUUCCUGGAGUCUCCAGCCGGGGUCGGGUUCUCAUACUCAAAUACGACGACUGACUUUGAAAUCGGCGGAGAUAGAAAGACGGCUAUGGACAACUACGUUUUCUUGUUGAACUGGUUAAAGAGAUUUCCAGAAUAUAAAAACAGAGAUUUCUAUAUUUCCGGUGAGAGUUACGCCGGUCAUUACGUCCCUCAGUUGGCGCACACCAUUCUCUAUCAUAAUUUGAAGGCCAACAACACUAUUAUCAAUCUCAAAGGAAUCAUUAUCGGGAAUGCUGUGAUUGACGACGAGACGGAUGUGAAAGGGAUGUACGAAUAUUUUGGGACGCACGCUCUGGUUUCGGACGAGACUACAAAUCGCAUUAUGAAGUAUUGCGAUUUCUCCCCCAACGCCACGCAACAGUUAGAUGAAUGCAAUGAGGCUGCUAAUGAAGCUGAUAGAUGCAUUAACGCUAUUGAUAUAUACAACAUUUAUGCACCCUUGUGCUCUAAUUCCAGCCUCACAGAGAAGCCCAAGAAAGCUAAUGGUGUGAGUCUUGAUCCUUGCAGUGACUCUUAUGUGUAUGCAUACCUGAAUAGGCCUGAGGUUCAGGAGGCUCUCCAUGCCAAUGUCACUAAAAUCCCUUAUGCUUGGCAACCAUGCAGCGAAGUCCUCAAGAAAUGGACAGAUAGCCCAGCAACCAUCAUUCCUUUACUCAAAGAGUUCAUGGCCCAUGGCCUUCGAGUUUGGAUAUUUAGUGGGGACAUAGAUGGAAGGAUACCAGUCACUUCAACAAAGCAAUCCAUCCAGAAGAUGAAACUUCCCAUCAAGACUUCAUGGCACCCUUGGUUCCUUGGUGGAGAGGUUGGGGGGUAUACACAAGUGUAUGAAGGAAACCUAACAUUUGCAACAGUUAGAGGGGCAGGUCAUCAAGUGCCCAGCUACCAGCCUGCUAGAGCCCUUUCCCUCAUUAUGCAUUUUCUUGCUGGGACAGACCUCCCUGAUUCUUCAAGAUUUUAAUUCACUUUAUUAUUUUCCACUCAUUUAUUAUUAUUAUUAUUUGCACAGGCUGAGGUCAAUGGAGAAAUUCAAAUUCAGCAUUUAUUUUUUUUAA